UAUAAUUAGGUCAGGUAAACGGUGGUAUAAAGACCCUCGGAAAAGAACUGUCUGCGCAUUUGGCUUAGCGCUUUUAAAUUCGUAAGAAGAAAUAAUUGAGCAAUUUAAACACAAGCUCUACACUCAGGUUCAAGAACCACCUGCAGUCUUUUUAAAUAGAUUUCAUUUUUUUCGCUCAUUCUUAUUCAUUUAUGUUGUACAAAAUAUUUUUUUAUGGUAGCAAAUGACCUUCAUUAUGAAAUAAACCAAAACACGUUUCCCCACCGGUUCUACAAUGUUGAUUGCAUCAAAUUAUACCUCUACUAUAGAUCGUUAAAUAUUUAUGACCCCGUUCGAAGAAGAGGGGUAUAUUGCUGCACAUGUCGGUCGGUCGGUCCGUCGGUAGACCAAAGCUUGUCCGAAUGAUAACUCAACAAUUCCUUAACGUGUGGUUAUCAAACUUGACCUGAAGGUGGGGCCUGUCCAGCAGAUGACCCUUAUUGAUUAUAGGGGUCAUCGGGUCAAAGGUCAUAGUCACAGUGACACUGAAAGCAAACUCGACAAUUCAUGGACCUAUGGUCAUCCAACUUGACAUGAAGGUUGCGUUUGACCAUUAGAUGACCCCUAUUGAUUUUGGGGGUCAUCGGGCCAAAGGUUAAGGUCACAGUGACGUUUAACGCGGAAAAGUUAACAAAGCUUCUCCAAGUAAUAUCUCAAGUAAUAUCUCAACAAUGCCUGGCCUUUGAUCGUCAAACUUGACACAGGGGCUUGGCCUGACCAGUAGUUGAUAUUGAUUUUACGAAUCAUCGGGUCAAAGGUCAAGGUCACAGUGACAUUGAACGCAAAAAGCUUGUCGGUGCAUUAACUUGACAAUGCCUGCACCUAUGGCCCUCAAACAUGACAUUUAUGUUUUGGGUGACCAGUUGAUGGCCCCUUUUGAUUUUUAGGUCAAAGAGUCAAAGGUCAUGGUCAUGACUCAUAUUUAUCAUUAAAUUUUCUCCAUAUUUACUUAUUCCCUGCUGCUAAGAGGGUACAUUUUUAUUUGCAAAUAUCAGACUACAUCUGAACAUGAUUACUCACAGUUUGAAUGGUCAUAAUCUUAAAACUGCCUCAAAGGCAACCAAUGCCAAUGACAAAUCAGCUGUCAUUUCGGUCCAUGUUUAUUUCAUUCAAUUGCCCAUAUAAUCCUGACAACAUGGCGCUCAGGGGUGGGUGCAUAAUGUUUGACAAACAUCUCUUGCUAAGUUAGAUUUAAAACUGCACUCUCACAGAUUAACCGUUUGGUAAACUUUUUUUGUCUUGAAAUGAGCCAAUUUUUGCGUAAAUACCUGAAAACCAGUGCUGACAAAAUAUGAAAUCGCACUUUUGUCAGCAGUCUUAUAUCACUUGUUUUCAGGCAUUUUCGGAAAAAUGGCUUGUUCCAAGACAAAUAAGAAAUGAAAAGUUGUUAAAACAUUCAAUCUGUGAGAGUGCAGGUUUGAAUUUAAGAUUGCGAACGAAAUUUAUUAGCAAAUUAGAUAGAAAGUAACUGUUUGUUUCAAUAUAACAUCGCAAUAUCUUUCGGAUUGGUUUUGUUUACUAUACUUUCCUUAAGCUCGAUUCUAACGAAACCUUAACCUAACGACAGCUUUUAUCACUCUCUUGUCGGUUUCUGGGCAGAAAAUAGUACUGACGUCCAUUUUGAUAGGCCAUGAGAAGGCAUCCUUGAUGAAAAUCGAAUUAAAAGCUUCUUCAGAGGACGAUUGUUUUGAUGAACUUAACACUGUGGAACCUGGGGGAAACUCAUUUCUGAGUAUUUUCUAUUGUGAGUGAGCAAUAAAACGAAACACCGUUGAAUAAAUUGUGUUGUAACUUUUGUAUGUUUCACUAUUUUUUUCCUUAGAUAUAUAUAUAUUUAUCUACCACAACAUAAUGUCACCGUCAACGAAUAUAAAGGUUUUUGCAUUUGCUAGCAUAUUAAUCACUUGCAUCCUUUGUAUUUCAUUUGUAUCAAUCAUAAGCUCAUUGGCAAUUAAAAUCAGUCAGAAAUCAAUUAAGUAUGCAACAAACAUGUGUGUGUCAUGUGAUGAACUGCAAAGUUUCCCUGGGUUCCCCGCUGUUGCAUCUGAAGACAUCGACAGAAUACGGUCUGCGAAAAACAAGUCUUCAUGCUGUUCUUCAACUGACGUAAUUCUGAGGAUGCAAAUUCAGAAGAAGAUGGAUGAGCAGGUUUACGAAUACAACUCUGGUUUAGCUACAGAAACAAUAACACAUAUCUUGGGGAAAGACAACUGUGACUUAGUUCAGCUAGACGAAAACGUGCCGCGAGCAAAAGUUGUUGGCGUUGUUGACCACGUCUGGUCCUCAUUUCAAACUGACCUCCGGAAAGUUCGGUGGAAGAAGAACGGUGCUUCAGCAACAAAUGGGGAUAUAACACACUUGGAAGAAGAAGGAGAGAUAUUCAUCAGACAGUCCGGUACAUACAUGGUACUGUCGAAGCUUGUGAUACAUCGGGAUCCAUCUGCACAGGUUUCGGCCAACUUUUCCCACGUUCUGUAUCGAUCCUCACAUAGGCAUCGGUCGGAAACUGUUCUUUUGCAGAGAAGCAGAACGUUGUGCCACGCAAGUGAUGGUCAAUACGAUAGUUUCAUAUCAGCGGUUUUUCGAUUUAACAAGUUCGAUCGCAUAUCCAUUCACAAUACACACGCGCAGCAUUUACAAAUCAACGACACGGAGAACUUCGUUGGUGUGUUCUUCACGUAUGACAUGUACUAAAAUUGCAAACACAUUCUGUAUCGUUAGACGUACACAUAUAUAAGUAAGGAUGUAUUGUGUUAUGAUAAAAAUUGUAAUAAAAAAUGCAUCCGAAUUAUGACCACGGAUCCAUUGUGAAAAACGUGUUAUUUAUUAUUGUACUCUGUUAUUGAUUUUGUUUAUCCUGUUAGUUUUAAAAUGUUCAGUUUUGCUUUGAACAUUUUAUAUACAUGUACAUUUUAUUUAUGCUUCAUCUAACAGUGAUUUUAUUUUUUAUUACAACAGUUGCUGUAGGUUAUGCUUGCUUGAUCUGAAUAUACAUGUGAUUAAAUGGACAAAGUUGAA